AAGAGAUAGAAAAGACAGGAGUGGGGAAACCAAAAGGCACCGAUACUGCUACUCCCCGGACCUCUCCCAAGGAGCGUCCCGACCAUAAUUCCGAGGCGGGUCCAAGCGUGCCGACGAGGGCAUCCCCGGGGCCCAAACAAGGGAAAACGAGGGAUGGUAGCUGUAUUGGCACCUUUUCCUCCUCUGAAGCAGGAUCAGGUAGCGAAGAGAAAAUAUGGCGUCGCCCCACUUUUGCGAGAGUCGCCCUCGCAGCCCCAGCACGGCCCGAACCCGUUGGUCCCUCCGUGCCAGCUGCUGGAGGCGAACACUCGCAAGCCCUAGCAAAUGGUCUCGGGUGAAACGGCGGUGGCCAAAUGUCGUGGUAGGUCUUACGCACGACCGCGUAAAAGGAGCCCGAUGGAGAGGGGAGGGCGGAGAUGCCAAAAGCAGAGCCUAGGGCACCGCCCCCCCAGGACAGCGAAUUUUGGGGAGGCGGAGGGAAGAGAGCGCAGCCUCUCGUCGAACAGGCGGGCGUGGGAGGAGGUGGGCGAGGAGCAGGAGGGCUUGAACCAGCAGAAGCAGCAUAAGAGGAGGAUUGGAACAUCGCAAGACCUGCGUGAGACGCGCAACGUUGCAACGCCACUCUUUCCGCGUGCAUCGCAAAAACAUUGCGCGAUCUAGAGCGGUAUGUGACUCGCACCGAGCGGUGGAUGAGGCAUGGCUGAAAACCUCGAAGGCGAGCGCGUUGGCUGGAGGGAGGUGGAAGAAUUGCUCCAGCUGUCGUCGGCGGCUGCCUCCCCUGACCGCCCUCACUCACCAGUCGGCCGCUCAGAGCCGCAUAUCUCGCAGGCGAGGUGGGAAGGCUGGUUGACGACAGAGACGGGGCACGGCCAGCCGCCCGGCUCCGCAGGCGGCGCCCCGGGCGGCGGCUCGAGGGGCGGCUCGGGCGGCGCCUGCAGCGGCAGCUGCAGCGGCGGGACCCCGGG